CGCACAUCUCUCUCUAGAAUUAUCAUUUGUACUUCCCAUAUAAAGCCCCAUCAAUCAUAACUUAACAGCCAAAAAGAGAGAAAAUGGAUUCUGUUAAUCCUAUCCACCAAGAAGAAGAAGAAGAUCAAGAUCAAUUUGAUCGGUUACCAGAUGCUCUUGUUCUUCUAAUUUUCAACAAAUUACAGGACGCCAAGUCCCUUUGUCGAUGUAUAUUACUCUGUAAGCGUUUUGGUUCAAUUGUCUCCGAAACCCAGACCAUUUCCAUCACUAUUCCUCGCAGAAAUUCUAUACCCAUCAACAACAAAAACAUCAAACCCCCCCAUGAUCAUCAGAAUUCAAGAUCAAACCCUCCUGGCCAUUUGCAUAAAGGUUUUUUCAAGAGUGUUUUCAACUGGGUCGCCAUAAAACCACUCCAAUUCCUUCUUCAAAUCAUCAAAGCCAAGUCCUCAUCAUAUUCACUCUGUGCAGAAGGCAAUUAUGAGGAUUUCUACUAUUCCCCAAAUGAAGUUUUGAGCAGAUUCAAGGAGGUUCGGUCUAUGCAAAUUGAGCUACCUGGACAUGGUGGUGAACUUGGAUCAAACAGCAGAGACACCCAGCAAAUGAUUUUAAAGUGGCAGGCAGAUUUUGGGAGCAAACUCCAUAGCUGUGUACUACUCGGAGCUACUUCAUUUCAUCAAAAACUCAACAGAAAUGGCGAAGAAGAAAGCCAAGAACAAGAAAAUGAAACACCCUUUACAGAUGAAGAGCUGAAAUUAAGAGUUGUAUGGACAAUUUCCACUUUAAUAGCUGCCUCAGCAAGGCACUACUUGUUGCAGAAAGUCAUAUUAGAGCACCCAAUGCUUGAGAAUGUGGUGAUUACAGAUGGGAGUAAACAAGGGACUGUGUGCAUGAAAAAAGAGCAGAUUGUGGAGCUGCGGAAGGCCAUGGAGGCAAAAAUGGAGUCUCCGGCGACGGCGUUGGAGAGGUCUAGAGUGCCGGCUCUGAAGAUGAAACUGUGGUAUGUGUCGGAGUUGGAGCUGCCGGAGACGGGGAAGGUGAUGGAGGGAGCGACGUUGGUUUCGAUACGGCCGGUGGAGAGGUGGGAGGUGGCGGAGAGUGGUGGUGACACGGUGGUGGAGGGGUUAGAUUUUGAUAGGUGGGACGAGGAAGCGAGGGGGUUUGGUGAAGCUGCGAGGAUGAUGGUGAAGAGGAAGAAGACUUGCACAUUAGAAAUGAGUUCAUUUUGAUUUUUUUUUUUUUUUUGAUUUAAUUUUUGAUUUAAUAUCUUUGGUUUACUGUAAAAAAGAGAGAAUUUAGUCUUUGAGUAUUUAAAUAUUUUUAUUUGUUGAAUAAUUCUUUAUUUAUAUUUUUAUUAAAACCCAACUCAG